UUGACUCCGUCCCUCCCCCAUCUCUCUUUCUCUGCAUAUUUCCUUUGGCAGCUGACCGCAGCUCUCAGAAAUCAGAAUCUUAUUACUUUCCGAAGAAAAUAAAAUAAAAAUCAGAUUUUAACAGUUAUUGGAGUUUUGGAGGAGCUCUGGACCAUCUCUAGUUGGCAAACUAUUUACACUCUCUUUCCGACAUCACAACAGAAUAUCUACAAGAUUACCAGUACCAGUUAAAGGCAAAGCCAGAAGUUCAUUUACUUUAAUGUUUUCUGGUAUAUUGAAGCUGGCAUACCGAAACAAAAAACAUGGUUGAGAAUGAUCAAGAGAGGGAAUGCCCAUUCUGUUUUAUGAAUGAGACAUUUGAAUCAGCAGAAGACAUUAACUUGCCAGAAAGUUCAGUCGCAAAUUUAGAGCCGCACCACUUACUUCUUUUGAGGUGGUUCUUCAACAACUUUCAUGGUGUAGACGAAAAGCUUUCGAAGAAAAUAAUAAGUUUUGAUGAAAGAUUUUUACUUGGUUGCCUAGAACUUAUACACGCUCAAGCAUCUAGGGUAGCCACUUGUUAUUUGUCCCCAGAUAUGGAAGUUUUCUCAGAUAGCUUAGAUUCAAUACAAGAUAAUGACAUCUGGAUGGACAAUAAGACAGAUUUGGUUGUUGAAUGUUCUCGUGAAGGAGGUAAUGGUGAGAAUGUUGUCAUGAAGUCUACUGAGGAUUGGAUCGUUGGUUCAAUUACGGGUAGUAAGAGUAUGAUGAACAUACUGAAGAGCCCUUUACUUAACAGGCCGGGUACCCAAGGAUCCAACUCUGGAAAGAUUGGAUCACUAGAUCUUAAGGACCCAAAAUAUUCUGAUGUGAUAAGUUCUCGUGGUGGCUUUAGUACUAGUUCGUCCGUUGGAUUUCCAGGACAUAGAAAGCACUAUUCUAUGUCAACUACAAUCUCUACAUGCUCAGAUCAGUCUUCUUUUGUAGCUUCUGUUAUUUCUCACGGCAUGCUUGAGAUAACAUGGAAAGAUGAUUUGCCACAUUUUGUUCUUUCUAUGGAUGGUAAGAAGGAGGUAUACGUUGCAGAUGUGGUCAAGGCUAACUCGGCUGAUGACAAGUGUUUGGAUUAUUUGUACACAUUUCGUUUAAGGCCAGAAGGAAAACUAGAGGAUAGUAUACGUGAAACCGAAUUAGCUUUUCUUGGUAAAAUGACAGUUUCUACAUCUUUCACACUCUCUCCGAACGAGUUAGAGAUUAUGGAGACCCUGUUUGUCCUGUAUGGUUACAGUGAUGAUUGUGCACAUAAUUCACUAACUUCAAACCACAUUCGCAGAAAAAAUACAAAACUAUCAAAGAAAGGACUGGUCGACAUGUUUAGGCAGAGAAAGCUGUUGAAGUUUGAUGAAAGAACAAAUGCCAUUCUUGAAGAGAGUUCCAUGGAUACCUGUGGUAAGCCUGACUUGGGUGGCAUUAACCACACAGAUUAUCAACUCAUCACAAACUUUGAGCAGGUUGCUAUAGUUGUCAGAAGCCAUCUUCACAAUAACACCCAUAAGAAGGCAGGAGCCGGAGGAUGGGGCUUGAAUUUCCUCAAAAAAACAAGGGUUAGGCAGGAGAUCAAGUGUUUAGAGACUACAAGUGUUGAAUGGUCAACAACCACGAAUGUAAUAAUACCAGCCGGUUUCCAUGGUGGACCGGUAACCAGAAAUGGGGGCCCCACUAGCCUGAUAGAUAGGUGGUCUUCGGGAGGGCACUGCGAAUGUGGAGGUUGGGAUAUUGGUUGCCCGCUGACAAUUCUCAACACUAGACGAAACCCCGUUGAAACCUUUUCUGGAGAAGACGAUGUAUCCAUAGAUUGCAAAACUAUAGAUCUCUUUGUACAGGGCUCAAGACAAAAUGUACCAAUAAUGAAAGUCUCGAACCUUCGCGACGAUUUAUUUUAUGUUCACUUUGAACCGAACCUGUCACCCCUGCAGUCAUUCGCUAUUGCUGUUGCGAUUAUUCAUAGUCAUGAACCUAUUUUUCGGUCCAAAAUGUACCGGAGGUGAUGGGAACAAGAUAAAGAUUUGGCUCCUAAGGCAUAGAUCAAUUUGUGGAUAUUCAUUGUGUACAUCUAGUGUGAGUUUUUUUCUUUUGUUUUGUUUACAAAAAAUGUAGUUGAGAGAGACUUGUUUAUACUGUCUAGAUAUGCAACUCCUUUUG